AGCGUCGUUCUCAUACCUGAGCCUCUCCCUGCGGGUUUCCAUCCGUGUUUCUGCAGCUCGUGUUUUUUUUUAAAUUAGUAUUUCUUCUUCUCGUGUGUAACAUGCAGAAGAGAAGGAAGCCAGAGCCGAUCCAACUCAACCCGAUCCCUGAUGGCAACACUAUCAACGGCACCGGAGCCACAGAGACAAACUUGGAGGCACUGCAGAAAAAACUAGAAGAGCUCGAGUUGGAUGAGCAGCAGCGGAAACGCCUGGAGGCCUUUCUGACACAGAAGCAGAAGGUGGGAGAGCUGAAGGACGAUGACUUUGAGAAGAUCUGCGAGCUCGGUGCAGGCAAUGGAGGAGUCGUCUUUAAGGUCUCCCACCGACCCUCUGGCCUGAUAAUGGCGAGGAAGCUGAUCCACCUGGAGAUUAAACCCGCCAUCAGAAACCAGAUCAUUAGAGAGCUGCAGGUGCUACACGAGUGCAACUCCCCGUACAUCGUGGGCUUCUAUGGAGCUUUUUACAGCGAUGGAGAAAUCAGCAUCUGCAUGGAGCAUAUGGAUGGCGGCUCCCUGGACCAGUCGCUAAAGAAAGCAGGCAAGAUCCCAGAGCAGAUCCUUGGCAAAGUCAGCAUCGCUGUCAUUAAAGGGCUGUCCUACCUGCGGGAGAAGCACAAGAUCAUGCACAGAGAUGUCAAGCCUUCUAACAUCCUAGUGAAUUCCCGUGGCGAGAUCAAGCUGUGUGACUUUGGAGUGAGCGGACAGCUCAUAGACUCCAUGGCCAACUCCUUUGUGGGCACUCGCUCUUACAUGUCGCCGGAGCGUUUGCAGGGCACCCACUACUCUGUUCAGUCCGACAUCUGGAGCAUGGGCCUGUCCCUGGUUGAAAUGGCUAUUGGACGCUUUCCUAUCCCACCACCGGAUUCUAAGGAGCUGGAACAGAUAUUUGGUUUCCCAGUGGAAGGAGAAGCAGCCUCCAGCGAGUCCUCCCCAAAGCCACGGCCUCCUGGACGACCUGGCAGCUCAUAUGGCCCAGACAGCAGACCUCCAAUGGCUAUAUUUGAGCUGCUUGAUUACAUAGUUAAUGAGCCUCCACCGAAGCUGCCUGGGAUAUUUAGCUCAGACUUUCAAGACUUUGUGAACAAAUGUUUGAUCAAGAAUCCUGCAGAGAGAGCAGACUUGAAACAGUUGAUGGUGCAUUCUUUCAUCAAACAGUCCGAGGCAGAGGAGGUUGACUUUGCAGGCUGGUUGUGCAGCACCAUCGGACUCAGUCAGCCUGUGACUCCCACCCAUGGCACCGCAAUGUGAGACGUUGCCUCUGCGACAGUCCAUAUCACAAGGUCCUCUGAUGACAAUUUGUAUUACUGAAAAUGUACGUUUAUACGCAAUGGUUAAAAAAAAAAAAGUUGUGCAAUCAAUAGUUGUAUAUUUAGUGUACAAACCUACAUGCCAAGUGAAAUUAUAUAUCAAACACUUCUUUGGGCUACCAUGCAGGCCUGCUUGAAAAGCCAUCUUUUUCUAAUGAUCAAACUAUUUAAUCACAACGAAUGCUGCUCAACCUGUGUGCUUGAUAUUCCUCUUUACCCGAGUCCUUACAGCGCCAAAAGAUUAAAAUCUUUGUUAGCUUACGUGACAUAAAUUAGUCUUGUGAAUUAAAAUAUUUAAAUGACA